CCGCCGCCUAAUCCCAGAAAGGAAGGCGAGCUGCCAAGGGGAAAUGCGACCGCCUGCUCCGCGCAGUCCCCUUGCCUGCCUCCCGCAACUCCAGCGCAGCUGCUUCCUGUGAUGUUUGCGGGGGACUGGAGAGGAGCUUUCGGCAGGGCUCCUGGCUGCGCUGCUACGCUAAAGCAGUCAGAAAUGAGUCUUCGAGGUCUUUCCGCACACCAGCCUUGCUGCUAACCAGAGAAGUCCGAUUCUUCGGGGCUUGAAGGAUGUGAAUAACUUAGUGCUCCGUGUUGCGGUACCCAGCAGGGCACUGCUGUCUCCCGGAGGAACAACCUGAGGAACCAACCUGUCGGUAGAGUGAGCCCUGCAGAGGGACCACACCCCCACCUUUUUGCAUCUUGCUGAGUGGACUAUGGUGGCAGGAAGAUGUUGGCUCGGAAGAGUAUCAUCCCUGAAGAGUAUGUGCUGGCACGGAUCGCUGCCGAGAACCUGCGCAAGCCACGCAUCCGAGACCGGCCGCGCAAAGCCCGCUUCAUCGCCAAGAACGGGGCAUGCAACCUGGCGCACAAGAACAUCCGCGAGCAGGGGCGAUUCCUGCAAGACAUUUUCACCACCUUGGUGGACCUCAAGUGGCGUCACACGCUGGUCAUCUUUACUAUGUCCUUCCUGUGCAGCUGGCUGCUCUUUGCCAUGAUGUGGUGGCUGGUAGCUUUUGCCCAUGGCGACAUGGACCCAAGCACAGAGAGCACUACAAACAGCACCAAGUGGACGCCCUGUGUGACGUGUGUCAGGUCUUUCACCUCUGCUUUCCUCUUCUCCAUUGAAGUUCAGGUGACCAUUGGUUUUGGGGGCAGGAUGAUGACAGAGGAAUGUCCCCUGGCCAUCACAGUCUUGAUCCUGCAGAACAUCGUGGGUCUGAUCAUCAACGCUGUGAUGCUGGGCUGCAUAUUCAUGAAAACUGCGCAGGCCCACCGGCGGGCAGAGACCUUGAUCUUCAGCCGGCAGGCCGUCAUCGCCGUGCGGAACGGCAAGCUCUGCUUUAUGUUUCGAGUGGGAGACCUGAGGAAGAGCAUGAUCAUCAGCGCCUCGGUGAGGAUCCAGGUGGUGAGGAAGACCACCACCCCUGAAGGAGAAGUCAUACCCAUCCACCAAGUAGACAUCCCUGUGGAUAACCCCAUUGAAAGCAACAACAUUUUUCUCGUGGCUCCUCUAAUCAUUUGCCACGUCAUAGACAAGCGGAGUCCUCUUUACGAUAUCUCCGCCGCUGACCUGGCGCUCCAGGACCUGGAGCUCAUCGUGAUCCUUGAAGGAGUUGUGGAAACAACUGGCAUCACCACACAGGCCAGAACCUCCUACGUAGCAGAGGAGAUCCUGUGGGGUCACCGCUUCGUGCCCAUCGUCACGGAAGAGGAAGGCGUGUACGCAGUUGACUACUCCAAGUUUGGCAACACGGUGAAAGUGGCAGCGCCACGCUGUAGCGCUCGGGAGCUGGACGAGAAGCCAUCCAUCCUCAUCCAGACCCUGCAGAAGAGCGAGCUGUCGCACCAGAACUCCCUGCGGAAACGCAACUCCAUGAGGAGGAACAACUCCAUCCGGAGGAGCAACUCCGUGCGGAGAACCAACCCCUCCCUCAUCGUGCCCAAAGUGCAGUUCAUCACGCCCGAGGGGAGUCAAAGUGCCUCAGAAACGUGACAUACAGCUUGGUGGGAGGUGGGUGAGCUUCAGGAGGAGGAGCAGGAACAGGAGGCACCUGUGUGGUUUUGCUAGAAUGCUCUUUCACUUCAGGAAAUGAGCUGCGCAAGAGCUAUUGAUGCUGUUACCGAAAGCACCACCUCAUGGCAUUAGGACACACUUGAGCACGUAGUGUAUGGGUUAAUAAAAAGUGGCACACACACACUGCAGAGAACACAGAUCACUCGUGUAAGAUAAUGUCUACUGAUGCUUGCUUUAACGGCAUGCGAUGUUUUGCCCUAUGUAUUUUUCCUGUCAAGGGUUUCUUGCAUAUCUUCUCCUGCUGGCUGUCACAAAAUGCAUUGGUUUUUUCCUGUGUAGGUUACCCACCUGCAGGCAGAAGUGAGUGCUUUUCCCAAAUUGCUGCAUACAGCAGCUCCCACAGGUUUUUUGUUUGGUUGGGUUUUGAGCAGGAUAUUUGGAUAUCAACCCUUGGGGGUGAAUUCCUUGAUCUCCCAAAAAGGAGCAGCUGUUCAGCCUGGAGAAGAGAAGGCUCUGGGGAGGCUUCAAUACCUGAAGGGGACCUACAGGAAGGCUGGGGAAAGGACUGUUUACAAGGUCUUGUAGCAAUAGGAUGAGGGGCAAUGGUUUGAAACUGGAGCAGGAUAAAUUUAGGUUGGGCGUCAAGAAGAAGUUCUUUACAGUGAGAGUGGUGAAAUACUGGAACAGGCUGCCCAGGGAUGUGGUUGAGGCCCUGUCCCUGGAGACAUUCAAGAUCUGACUGGAUGUGGCCCUGGGCAGCUUGAUGGACUUGGAGGUACCCCUGCUGAGUGCAGGGGG